AUGCCUGCCAUCAAAAAGGAGAGACUGGAUGGGGACGAUAUGGCAUUGGCUGCCUUCAACCAGUCCGAAUACCCGGCCCCUUUAAAUGCCACUACUAUCCCCGUGGUGACCCCGCAUCCACCGCAAUACGACCAUAUAUUCGCCCAUCACCGUGCGUAUUUGGGGCUCCACGACUCGGCGCUGCAUCACCAGCACCAGCAGCAGCACCUUCACCAUCACCCGGACGACUUAAUGCUGGAGAGGUUUUCCUCAAUCCCCGACUUUCAGCCAUUUUUUGACAACGGGGAACCAUGCAUCGAGGUGGAAUGCGGGGAGAACAAGGCUUUACUAUACAUUAACAAACUGUGCCAAGGUAGUAAGGGACCCUCAAUCAAAUACCGGGGCGAGUGGCUCACCCCGAAUGAGUUCCAGUUUGUCAGUGGAAGGGAGACCGCCAAAGAUUGGAAACGAAGUAUAAGGCACAAAGGUAGGCAACAGCAAGUAUUAUAUAUAAAGAGUAAUUUUUUACAGUAGGGCUAUGUUUAUUUUAAGGAUGAUACCUAAGUGAAGGAUUUUGUCAUUGUUUUGGUGAGUGGAAAUUCUGUUUCCAUGGGUUGGUUCUGCGUUUCGUAGUUAAAGGGUUAUACUCAGUAAUAUACACCAACUACAGUGCGUAAGGAGAGAGAUGAGAAAAGGCGCAUACGUCGCUGUAUCUUCACAGGCAGCGACCAUUCUCAAAACGGGGCGUCAGGAGUCCUGGACUAAGGUGAAAAACUUUCAUAUUUAGGGUUCAGUAAUGUUAAAACAUUAUAUGACAGUUGAUAGAAGUUGUGGGGUAUCAUUCCGUUGAGUGUUGAGUGUAACAGCAGGCUAAAAUGGUGUUGACACUUCAACAGAACAGAAUGAUGAUGGAGACAGGGAAUGGAAUUAUUUUAGACUACUAGAAGUUGUACCCUAUUCCUUACUCUUUUGGUUAUUUCAGGUGGAUUAUGGUUGCUUUUGCAACUAUCCGAAAUAUUAAUCUGGACUCAGGUUUAGACGUAACAUAGUAAACGAAAGGGUGUUGAUGUCUCAAUAGAACAUAAUGAUGUUGAAGGGUGGGAACAUAAUUAUUUUUAGGCUACUCUACUCGAAGUUGAAGCCUAUUCCUGACCCUUUUGGUUAUUUCAGGUGGAUUAUGGUUGAGUUGCAACUAUCCAAAAUAUUAACCUGGACUCAGGGGUAGACGUAACAUAGUAAACUAAAAUCCGGGACACUCAAAUGAGUAGGUCUAUGAUAUGUUUGAUGUUAUUAGUUGGCUAGUAUUUUGGUUUGAAAAGUUUUACAGUGGCUCAGACAAAACAAAGUUAUCGGAAGAUGUUUAUGAAAUUAUUUACAAUAAGAAUAAUAAAUGCUAUAGCUGUUUACUUACUAUGGGCCUAUUUGAAUAAUUACGUGUUUUUGCGCUGGCCGCACGCGCAAUUGUUUUUGAACCCCAACUCACCCCAGGUUACUCAUACGGAACUGACACGGGUUGCCCCAAGUUCUGUUGGAUGAGGGUGUAAAAAAUGACAGCCCAAUUAUGGAUAUUUUCAUAUCUGAGUUUAGAUACAGUGACAGUAGCCCAUGUAUACAUAUGUAGGCCUAUCUUACCACACUGGGCUCAACUAGAACUCAUCAGUGAAACUAAUAAGGUAAUUUGGUUUGACAACCUGGCAGUUCCAAAGUAAUGUUUAUGUAAAAUGUUGGUUUUGGAGUCAUGAUCAUUCAACAAUAAUCCAAGUUUAGUGUUGCACAAUUUUUUUGUUGUUGUAAUGUUUUCUAUUUCCCUUUGUGUGCAUUUCAGGUGUAGACUCUGAUAACAUAGUCUUAUAUUCACUAUACAAAUAUACUUAAGGCUACUGAAGAUCCAGUCAUUUUAUAAUCACCUCCAUAUGUAGGUUAUUCCAUAUAAUUGAUUUACAGUUGCUGAAUUCUGUGGGUGCUGUGUGAGUAUGGUCUAUUGUUUUAUUAUUGCUCAUUCUCUCUCUCUCUCUUUCUCUCUCUCUCUCUCUCUCUCUCUCUCUCUCUCUCUCUCUCUCUCUCUCUCUCUCUCUCUCUCUCUCUCUCUCUCUCUCUCUCUCUCUCUCUCUCUCUCUCUCUCUCUCAGGGAAAAGUUUGAAGACCCUUAUGUCCAAAGGAAUCUUACAGGUACAUCCUCCAAUCUGUGAUUGCCCUGGGUGUCGAAUUUCGUCUCCAGUG